UAGAUGUAUCUCUAUCUGUAUUUUAUCUGCUUGCAUUAGUCUCGCUCACCACACACUCACCCUGACUGAAGGAUUGUUUGUCAAUGUUAGAUCCGAUCAAGUUGGACUUCAGACUUCCAAGUUCUGACCAUUCUCAUAACGACUUUAUACGAACUCCAUAUACGCCAUAUAUAAGAUACCCUUCGAAUAUGAUACCUUCCGCUGGACGCAUAUUUUUCUCUUCGCUUCUCCUUUCGUCUUUCGUGCGUGCAUCUCAGUCCAACAAUACAGCAUUAGAGAUAGAAGCUAUCCGCGCGCACUUUCAGGGGGCUGGUCUGGUGCCAUCCCUGCUGGCAAGCUUCAUUCCUACUGCGCUUCUGACCGCAGCUUACGUCGGUGUUGGGGCCGUAACCCCGGGUCAGCUCCUCCUAAAGGCUCAGACGCAAACUGCCCCACACCUUAUGAUCACGCCCGCCAAUGUCACAACCUUGUUAAAUGAGAAAUACACUGUUGUAAUGGUGGAUGCCUGGGCUCCAGGGAAUAAUGAAACGCGUGGUCAGAUUUGUCACUGGCUCGUCAAUGGAGUAACUAUCCAAGACCAUUCUGUAUCAAUGCGCGGAAGCCUGGGGGUAGAACAAUACAGGGGUCCAGCUCCGCCUUCCGGGAGCGGGCCACACCGCUAUGUUAUCCUACUCUACGCCCAGCAGUUGUCAACCGUGCCUCCGCCGGCGUUCCCCCAAGGCAGUGAUCCGGUAUUUUUCCACCUCGCGGAUUAUGUUAAGGCCUCAAAAAUUGGACCGCUUAUUGCAGGAACCUACUUUACAGUCCAGGAGGGGAUAGCUUCUUUCAUACCCUCCCCUACGUCUCCUGUCGUGACGUCUGCUCUUAUGGCUUGGGGGUCCAGUCCGUCAACAUCUGCGAGCACAGACGUUCACCACAACGGCGCAAUCUCGUCAUCAAGCAAUUACUUGACCAUCUUACUCGCACCGUUUUUGUGGCUUGUAGCAUUGUAGUUUCUUUUACCCUCACACUUGAUCACUCGAU